UCAAUAUGCACUUCUUAUGUUUGAAUCGGGUACGCGGUCCGCAUCUUUCUUCGACUAUUUGUUUUGGAUAUUGGAAGCCGUACUCAGUACAGUAAAAAUCAAGUCAUUGUGUUCAAGUAUUACAUUUUAGCUGCAAAACUAAUAAAUUAUAUUUACUUUAUUGCGUGUUUCAUUUUUACGCAUAUAAGUUGAUUUACCGGUGACUAAAAUUUAUUUGUUGUGUUCGCCUUCAAUGUGAUACAUUCGUAUGGAAUAAAGUGCGAGAAAAAAAUACGCAGACAUAAAAUUGAGUUAUUAUUAUUAUUAUAAACAAAGUAAAUCCACAGAAAUAAAAGAACCACACACAGUCCCACACACAAACCGUACAGAAACAAGCAAAAGAAAUUAAAAAUAUAAAUAUGGAAAGAUGGGCUGGUCGUGUUGCUGUUGUCACUGGUGCGUCUAGUGGAAUUGGUUCAGCAAUUUGUGCCGAAUUAGUCAAACAUGGUAUGAUUGUGUGCGGUUUGACGCGUCGCAAAGAUAAACUCGAACCGUUGCGUUUGAGUCUGUUUGGUGCCGAAGGUCAGUUGAAUGCCGUUGAUUGUGAUAUAACCAAUGAAGAUUCAGUGAAGCGGGCAUAUCAAUGGAUCGAAAAAACAUUGGGUGGUAUCGAUUUGCUCAUCAAUAAUGCUGGUGUUGUUAGUCAGUGCAUGCUCUUGGAUGACAAUAAUAUACGUGAUUUACGAUCAAUGCUGGAGGCAAACCUUAUCGGCUUAUGCAUUUGUACUCGCGAUGCAAUCAAACUAAUGAGACAACGCGGUUUUGAUGGUCAUGUCGUUAAUAUUAAUAGCAUAUUUGGGCACAAAGUUAACACAUGUGUACCUGGGUCAAAGCCAAUAAAUGGCAUGUAUCCAGCAUGUAAAUUCGCAUUAACGGCACUCACCGAGUGUUUACGCCAAGAAGUUUCAUACAUCGAAAUGGGCAUAAAAGUAACGAAUAUAAGUCCGGGCUUAGUGGAGAAUGAUAUUUUGACAACCCAUGAAGGCGAUAAUAAUGAAUUAGUAAAAUAUAUGCCCCGUCUGAAGGGCGAAGAUGUUGCCAAAGCUGUUGUAUUUGCAAUCACGACACCACAGCACGUUUUAAUCCAAGAUAUUAUUCUGAAACCAAUGGGAGAAUUUCUUUAAUUGACACCACUUAAACAUUUGCAACAAAUUGAGUAUUUUAAUUCUAUGUUUUUAAAAAAAAUAAUGAAAAAAAUGCAAAAUUUUAUGAAAUUUGCACACAAACACAUACACACACGAUUCUACACUUAUUUAUGUUUAGUGAGUAAAUUUUAUUCGUGCUUAGUUACUAGAUUCUGUAUGAAAUAACGAACGACACACACACACACGGUUUUCAAAUAAAUAUUCUGAAAAAUUUAUGUAA